UUCCAACUCUGCUGGUUCGAGUCUGCAAAGCGAAAGCAAAUCGAGAGGACGUCUGGUUGCGAACCGAGUCGGUUUUACUCCGCGAUUAUUGGAAUCCGCGACCAUAUUUAUUUUUUUCAUUUCGCUGCUGUCUGUAAGCGUAAGCCAAUAUUACAAUUUAGCGUGGUCCCAAAAGUUACAAGCAAAGUGUGUGCGCGUUUGUGCAGUUCCGCCGAAUGAGGUUUCGGAAGUGAUAAAAUGGACGUGACGGAAUAAUUAUUGUUCCAGCAGCAGCAGCAGAUGCUGUUCUCGAUAGAGAGAAAAAAUCUUGUUCCCCGACAGCAAAAGUCAAAAAUUUGUGUGGAAAAAGGGAAGUGAUUUUGUUUGAGAGCUUGCGUCUGGCAUCUCCCAUUGUGAAAACCGAGUCGGGCCCGGGUUGGAUAGAAUUUAUAUUUUUCGCAUCACAACUGCCGAUACAGCGUACAGCAGGGAUAGCGGAAAUAAAGGUUCGAUUUUUUGUAUUCUACUUAAUAAGUGGAUUUCACUACAAAAAGUGUCGUUUUGCCUCCAGACAAGAAAAGUUUCAGCACGGAGAGAAAAUUGUUCUCGAUAUCGAUAUCGAAUUGCGUGAACAAGGGGAAAAAAUAAGCCGUGCUUUGCAGUGUGGUUGUAGUAAAAAGAGAAAUUUCGAAGGAAGUGUAACUUGUGGUUGUAGAGCAGUGUCCCAUUCGGGGACCAUGGCCAGCGGCAGCCAUUAGUGAAUAGAGCGUAGAGCAAAACGCAUAGCGAAAGUGCUGGGGCAGGGAAUGCUGGCGGUUCACUCCCGGCACUGAGAUCCACCAGUUCUCCUACCGUCUUGUUUCCGCGACCGCGACAGGAAAGUGUAGCUAGUAGCUAGUGCCCCCUUCCCGCAGAGCCAUGGGAGCCCAGCAGGUGAAGGAGCGCUCUUCAGGCGGUGGCGGACUUGGAGGUGGAGGUACUGGAUCGUCCUCCACGCUGGGAGCCGGUAGCUCGAUCCGAUCGAGCCGCAAUAAACCUAGGGUGCCCAAGGAUUCUCGCAUUCUAGGCUCGAACAUCUUCACGGAACAUAGUGAUAAACGACAAUUUCAGCUAUCUGUCGAUGGUCUAAGAUCGGUAGUUCGUGCUUCAGCUGACGGGAAAGAAGCACUGCUGCAAUCCCGACCAUUGCCACACAUCCCACCACCCGGCAGUUUAUUACCGGCUGAUUUGCUUGCACAGAGCCAGGAAGCCUCCGAGAAUCACACCGGAACGUUGCACUCGCAGGGUAGCUCGAACACUGCCCAAUCGAGCUUCGAAAAUGCACAUCGGUGGACGUCCCGGGAAAAUUUGCUCGCACCCGGUCCAGAGGAAGAUGACCCUCAGCUGUUCGUGGCGCUGUACGACUUCAAGGCUGGCGGCGAGAACCAGUUAAGCCUCCGGAAAGGCGAAGAAGUACGGAUACUGUCAUACAACAAGUCCGGCGAAUGGUGUGAGGCCCACUCGAGCUCGGGCCAUGUCGGCUGGGUUCCUUCCAACUAUGUCACUCCGCUGAACUCGCUGGAAAAGCACUCGUGGUACCAUGGGCCGAUUUCGCGUAAUGCCGCCGAAUAUCUGCUCAGUUCGGGCAUCAAUGGAAGCUUCCUGGUCAGAGAGAGCGAAAGCUCUCCCGGACAACGUAGUAUUAGUUUAAGGUAUGAUGGUCGUGUAUAUCAUUACAGAAUAUCGGAAGAUUCCGAUGGGAAGGUGUAUGUAACGGCGGAGGCAAAGUUCAAUACUCUUGCCGAAUUGGUACAUCAUCACAGUUUCUUGCACGAGGGCCAUGGACUGAUAACGCCACUGCUUUAUCCAGCACCAAAGCAGAACAAACCAACUGUGUUCCCCUUGAGUCCGGAACCGGAUGAAUGGGAAAUAUGUCGGACUGAUAUUGUAAUGAAACAUAAACUGGGCGGCGGUCAGUAUGGGGAAGUGUACGAGGCUGUUUGGAAGCGAUACGGUAAUACGGUCGCUGUGAAGACACUCAAAGAGGACACGAUGGCACUGAAGGACUUCCUAGAAGAGGCUGCAAUCAUGAAGGAAAUGAAGCAUCCGAACCUGGUGCAACUCAUAGGGGUAUGUACACGGGAACCGCCGUUCUAUAUCAUAACCGAAUUUAUGAGCCACGGAAACCUGCUUGACUUCCUACGUUCGGCAAGCCGAGAAACGUUGGAUGCCGUUGCGCUUCUCUACAUGGCCACUCAAAUUGCUUCCGGUAUGAGCUACCUGGAAAGCCGUAACUUUAUUCACCGUGAUCUUGCGGCAAGAAAUUGUCUCGUCGGCGAUAACAACCUGGUGAAGGUUGCCGAUUUCGGGCUGGCCCGAUUGAUGCGAGACGACACUUACACGGCCCAUGCUGGUGCCAAAUUUCCUAUCAAAUGGACUGCCCCGGAAGGCUUAGCAUAUAACAAAUUCAGCACAAAAUCCGAUGUGUGGGCAUUCGGAGUGCUUCUGUGGGAAAUAGCCACAUAUGGGAUGUCUCCCUAUCCUGGAAUCGAUUUGACCGAAGUGUUUCACCGAUUGGAGUCUGGAUAUCGGAUGGAACGACCUCCUGGCUGCCCGCCGGAAGUGUAUGAACUUAUGAGAAAAUGUUGGCAGUGGAACGCUCAAGACCGACCCACUUUCGAGAGCAUACAUCACGAUCUAGAGCACAUGUUUCAGGAAUCGUCCAUCACAGAAGCGGUAGAGAAGCAGUUGCAGGGUGCAACCCAACCCGUACAGCUUACGCCGCAAAUGGGUAAGAAACCCCAGCUGGGGGCGCAGCAACAGCAACAGCACGAGCCAGCAAUCACACCGAUUUCCGAUGCAGGUUCCAACUCGAAGCUCAGCACAUUUUCGAACAAGCCAGUCACCGCAGGGGUCCAGAUGCGUCGAACCACAAACAAGCGUGGAAAAACGGCACCAGCCCCACCGAAACGGACUAGCCUGUUAUCAUCUAGUCGGGAUUCAACGUAUCGGGACGAGGACGGUGGAAAGAACGGCGAAGGCGAGCACAACGCAAACGGUAUUAUACCAAUCACUAAAUCGUCUUCUUGCAGUAGUUUCCUUAUCGAUAAACUGUUUCGAGGGUUCUCCCGUGAUCUGGCUAAUCUGGUCAACAGAACCACAGACUCCGAGAAUGAACAAACCGAGAUCACGCCCGAUACUGACACAGACAGCCAGGAGCCGGUUGGGCAUUUUCAGAAAUCCUCCAUGCAACAAAGCUCAUUCAAACGUGUUCCAAUCAUGGGCAAUCGUGGUUUGGAAACACGCAGCAGCAAGCGACUACCGCAAGGUGUUCCUCGGAGAGAGCAGAUGGUGCCUGGUAGUGACCAACCACCACCAUCAGGUAUGCCAAUCAACGCAGUUUGUCAGCCAGUGGUAGGUGCACUGGCGGUACAUAAUGUGAAAAAGGCCAUCAACCGGUACGGUACCCUGCCGAAGGGCGCCAGAAUAGACGCAUAUUUGGAAUCUUUGCGGCAGACCGACGGUACCGUGGGACAACAGGUUCCACAGCAAGUGCAAACAAAUUCAGUUCCUCCAGAUCCGCCACCACCGAUGACUGCGGCAAAUGUAAUUUCCAAUAGCUUGUUAGCCGCGCAACGAACCGCUAUCAAAACGCAGCCACACCAACAACAACCGCAAAUGAUUCGUAGUAACUCAUCCAGUGGAGUCACUAUGGCGAACUCCGCAACCGCUAGUCUUUCCAAAUUACAACGACAUAGAACCACUACGGACGGCUCGAUGAUGACAUUCUCUUCCUUCCGCGGCGCAGUUGGCAACAAUAGUCCCAAACGAUCAAUGCCUCCAACGUUGGCCGAUCUAGAGUUUCCACCUCCACCAAUCGAUUUACCUCCUCCGCCAGAAGAGUUUGAAGUUCAACAGCAUUCUUGCCCUCCAAUGGAUAAGCUGGUGAAACCAUCGAAUGAUGUUUCCAACACCGAACCAAGCGUUGAAGAGGCAAGCUCUCGAUUUGGCGUUAGUCUCAGGAAAAGGGAACCUUCAACCGAUUCAUGCAGCUCGCUCGGAAGUCCAGCUGACGCUAUCGUUCCGAACAGUGAACCAUCGCUGCCCAUUCCACCACCACCUCCACCAAGUCUGAAGGAGAAACUAGAAAUGAAACUAGCGACCGAAAUCAAAGAGAAAGCUAUUGUGCCAAAACCAACAGUAAACAGUGAAACAAAUCACAGGCCCUCGGCUGAUCCGGCUUCACAAUUAGUCAGUGAACUGGCGGAAAGCAUGAAUUUACCAAAACCUCCUCCACCUUUACCCCCGAACGACAUUGCUCCUCACUACAAGUCGUCCGAUGUAAGUUCGUUGCGAAGAACGAAACCCCUUGAGAACAACAACAGCUCCUCGACCCAACCUCCGUUCAAGGCACAGCUGAAAAAGGUCGAACCGAAACGUAUCCCGAAUCAAAUUCCCAAAAAGGAAGAGUGCAAUAGCAUUAUUGAUUUUAAAUCCCGACUCCGUAAGGUGGAAAAUGCUAGCGACUCAACCACUACUAGUAAUGGGACGAGCGUCAGCGAUAUCAACACCACUGGCAGUAGUGACUCAAGCUCAGACAAUAACAAUAAAUAUCAUUCGAGCAAUGCUAACAGUAAUAUUCUAAAUAACAACCAGCCGAACGACCAGUCGAGUGACGCGGAAAUCAAGGCAAAGAAAAAUGAGCUGCUUAGAAACGGGACAAACAAAAACGGGGUGGCACUGUUGGACAACAACGAGCUGAAUUCUUUGAAGCUGAAGAAGACAAAUCCUUCCAUAGUGACUAGUGUGGCACCUAUCGAUAGCAACAAAAUUAUCGAGUUAAAAAAGACUGAAAUAAAAAUCGAACUUAGUCAGGAGGAUAAAAAGCGGGAGAGUUUGGAAGGGAAUUCGGUUAAACCAGAUGGGAGCAACAGCGGUGGCGAUAAUCUAUCGACUGGUAGCGGAGGCAACGGGGACGAUGGUGACAAACGAAAAAGCACCGGAAGUAUUAGCAGCUUGAAAAAGCUGUGGGAGGCGAAAGAAUCUCCCAAUGAUCAGGGUGCUCAGCUGAGUCCUAAACUUGGCGUUAAAAGCGCAGCGAAUCUCAGAUUGAACAACAAUCUCGACGAGGACACGAGUGGCACUAACAAUUCCAAUAUCACAACAACAACAACAACAACAACAACAACGAACAGCAAUUCCGGCCAGAAUGAUGAUCAUCAGCAAUCGCAGCAGUUGAUACCUGCGAAGAAGCCUGCAGUGCCAGUAAAACCGUCAAAGUUUGCAUCGAUCUAUGCCACACCUGUUCAAAAUCAGAUUCCAAGUCCAGCACUAACCAGUUCCACCAAUAACGCAACUACCACAUCGAAAUCAAAUGAUAGCAACAGUUCGCUUCUGUCGGAGAAAUCUACCGCAUCGUCAUCUUCCGUUCCGUCAUCGUCCGCGAGUCGCGAAGGAAUCCUCGAGCUGGUUACGACACUCGAGGGGAGUCUCAAGAUUCCGGUGAAUUCCAUCUCGGCCUCCCAAUGGCUACAGCUGAGCGAAAGGCUCAAUUCGCUGCAAUCCAGUUGUGUCACGUUCGCGGAUAAUGAAACGCUGCCACCGCACACGAAGUUCCACUUUCGGGAACUGGUCGACCGGGUUGAGAACCAGUCGCGGUCGCUCCGAUCGGCAGGCAACAAAAACGUGCAGGACAACGAGAAGCUUGUGAUAGAGGUUGGUCAAUCACUGAAGCAAAUAUCGAAUGCGUUGCACAGGUAAUUUCAAGUCACAUUAGUUGUGUUCGAAGAACAUUUUUAAGAGAGUGAUUAUUUUACCCCAGCCAAGUUGAUCAAUGUUUCUUGUAUUCGCUUGGGAAAUUGAAACACUGAGACACAGAUGGUGAGCAUGGAUUCCUAAAUUAGCAACAAAUUCAAAUGUUUUUUAAAAUAUUCAUUUUUCCUAAUGAUUUGCAUGAUUUCCAAAAUGAGAUAUUGCAAUGAAAUUUUAUUGUAAUCACAUUCAACAUAUGUGUCGACUUUCGUUUAUACUUUUUUGGUCUUUCGUUUAACAAAAUGAAACACUACCCCAAAAAUAACUCAAGAUGUUGCCUGUAUUGGUGCGAAUACAAGUAGGUGUUCAUUGAUCAACUUUGGGUGCAUCAACAACGUCGGAUUGCGACUAUAUUUUAGUUGAGCCUGAUUGAUAUAUCGAGAUGAAUCACAUAUUUGAAAAUGUAUUUAUAUUAUUAUCUAUGCUAUAUCUAUCCGAUACAACAAACUGUUUAUAAAUACCCUCCAAAUUUGUCACGAAAGGAUUAUCUUGAACAAACUUCGAUCGUGUUCAAAUGAGGUGCCAUAAUGGCUAAAGCAUCGGGCGAAUGAAAAUACACAGAAUUAAUAACACUUUGAUUUAUCCGUGAACCUAUUCCUAAACAAUAAGCUAUUCAAAAAAUCACACAACAACGCCAAUCGGUCUGAGAACUAUCGGGGCCGAUGGUUUGACCCUUUGCCGUUGGUAAGCAAAAAAAAAAGAAGGUAUACAAUCAUAAAAACAUAACCCAUGUAUCAACGCUCAAUAAGAUUGCCAAAUAUAAAACAGAAUAAUUUUAAUUGAUUUUAGAUGAUGGUCUAAUAGAUUUUACUACCUUCAGAUGAUAAGAAAGCGUUAAUAACAAAAAAAAAAAAAAUCAGGACUGAGCUUGAAGGAGAAUAUCCAUUUUAAUUCCGAGCUUUUAAUGUCAUAAUUAUUUGAAUUAUGUCGGUUGUUUUAAAAUUCUUCAUAAUUUUAAACUAGCAUAAGUCUGAAGAACGAUUCGCUUCCGAAAGCUUCCCGAAAUAAAUCUUCAGAAAGAUGACAAACAUAUGCUAUGCUCCAUUUUAAGCCAAAGAGCUUAAGACUAUUUUUUUGUUAUUUUAGAAGAAAAUUUAUCGCAUCGUGAGAGUUCAUUGUUUGCACUAAGUUCCAUAGUAUAUUUUAACAGAAACACAUCUCAAACGGCGUGAAACACGAGAAUGCCCAUGGUGAAACCCAUUAAUUCGCGUUUAAUCAUAAGUUAUUCGAGGCCUGUUUCUGAAGGCAACACAGUAAAAUGCUAGUCGUAAACAUUUAUAAAUAUAUUAUCAGUAGUGUUAACAAACAAUCAUUCAAUCAAUUGCACAUUACUCAUGAGAAGACCAAUCAUUCACAUCAUGCGAACGCGAGGCGGAAUUUGACGGAAGUUGCAAUUACCACGAGAAAGUGUCGGCGUAUUGAACUUUUUCACAGUGCGAGCAUUCUUCUGCAGUAUAAUACCAACGUCUCUCUAGGAAUUUACCAAAAAAAAACAAAUCAAAUGAUGAAUGAAUCAAACGAAAUUGAAAAAACCGCGAAUAAACUUGAUUAUAAGCGCGCUAUAUAUUUUUAAAUAAAAUCGGCAGAAAAAAAAGCAUUCAUAAUCUCACAUCUUCAUAACAUUCAUUAAACAUUCGUACAUAAAAAACGCAUAAAGAUAUUAUCGCUAAAGAACAAGAGUGAAUCAAUCAAAAGAAGAAAGAAGACUUCGUUGUAUUGAUUCUAGAACACGAAUAAUAAUAAAAAAAAUAUUAACAAUAAGCGAACAUUAUUAUUCACUGAAGAAAAAUAAGUGUAGUAGUGACUCUAUCUAAGUAUGUGAAAACUAAAAUGUUAUCAACUAAUAACUAAACAUAAAAACCAAGUGAAAAAGCGUGAUAUAACAGAAAAAUAUACACAAAACAUAUAUACAUCAGAUCACCAACACAUACAUACACACACUAUACACGAACGUAUGAAUUGUGAAUGCUGUCAAGAGGAAAAACAUGUAAAAAAACUUCAACCUGCAGUGAAAACGAAGAUUCAUAAAAAUACCGCUGGAAGGCAGUAAUCAGAAACAAUUA